GUGGUCGUUGACUGCUUUCGUCGACUGGAAUCAUGCUGACCGUCUGUCAGCGGAGCGUUGUGGCGGCGGCUGUUGCUCAGCGGAGUGCGCUGCGGGUGCGGAACUUGACGCGUGUCGUCAUUGGCACCGCGGACCGCCUGCAAGACCUUGGGCUCAGUGAUGUGCAGCUGCAGGACUUGGAAGCACAAAAGGUGCUCAUCGACUAUCAACCCGAUGGCCAGCGCCGCAUUGUGGCCCGUGUCGACCUUGCCACUGACGACGAGAACUCGACCGAUACAACAUCACCACAGGCCCAGAGUGAUUUGCGCCGGGCCUACGUCGGCGCCGCCGUCAAGGCCAGCAGUACGCUCAAGUCCCUCAAGGAAGCCGAUGCCAACAUUGACGUGCGCACUGCCACCGAAACUGCCAGUGCUGUCGGAGCCAGCGUACUGCGUGCCCUUCACACUUCCAACUAUGCCUUUGAGCGCUACCUGACCAGUGACAAGGCCAAGAAGACGCUACUCAACACCGUAUCUGUCUCUGUCAACGAUCAACCUCUCACUGACGCCCGCAUCGAGGCUGGCGCAGCCGGCGCACAAUGGACGCGAGAUUUGGUCAACGAACGUGCCGAUGAAAUGACGCCCAAGGCUUUGUAUGAGGCUGCUGAGGCUCUUGCCAAAACCCACCCAGCCUUUAGCUGUGAGGCCAUUGCAGGCUUGGAUGAUCUACAUGCCGCCAACCUCAACAUGCUGGCAGCCGUUGGCCAAGCCAGUCGCUUCCCUCCCCAUCUGGUGACGCUCAAAUUUAAUAAUGGUCCAGCUGAGGAAAAGCCGGUCCUCCUUGUGGGCAAGGGCAUUACCUUUGACACCGGAGGCCUGAACCUCAAACCCACUGGCUUUAUCGAAGACAUGCACUUUGACAUGGGUGGUGCCGCAACCGUGCUCGGAACCAUGAAGGCCCUUGCACAGGCAGAUGUCAAGAAGAACGUUGUGGCGGUGCUGGCCCUGGCAGAGAACGCCAUUGGUGCCGCAGCUUACAAGCCAAUGAGCGUGCUCAAAUCCCACAAGGGCUUGACCGUGGCCGUCGGCAACACAGACGCUGAAGGUCGUCUCGCCUUGGCUGACGCCUUGAGCUAUGGUCAGGAGCAGCAUGCCCCACAUACCGUGAUUGACCUGGCCACAUUGACAGGUGCUUGUGUCGUGGCCUUGGGUCCUUACGCCGCCGGUGUCUUCACAAACACACCGGAUCUGGCCACGCGCGUGUGCGCCGCCGGAUCAGCCGUGGAUGAGGUGAUGUGGCAUCUGCCGCUGUUGCCCGAGCAUGCCGACGAACUUAAGAGCGAUAUCGCCGAUGUCAACAGCACGGGAACGUCUCGCUACGGCGGCGCCAGCACGGCCGCUGCUUUUUUGAGCAAGUUUGUGAGCAAGGACGUUGCCUGGGCACAUAUCGAUAUUGCGGGGCCUGUGGACGCCUCCAAGCACGAGCGAGUGCGCCGCACGGCGCCCAUGACGCGCGAGCAAGUUCAGGCCCUUUUUGACACCCAGUUCAAAACUGCGGUUAAUGAUCACUACACGGGUACCCAUGACCCGCUCACCUGCGCGCUAGACGGCACCCUCAACCCUCUGGCACAUCAAGCAGCUGUUUUGCAGCGCCUCAACUUUUUUCGUGUCCUGGCUGGAGUGGCCCCUACUACGCUCAAUGUCACCAAGUCGGCCUGGUGCCUCGAGGCAGCGCUGAUGAUGGCUGCUGGUGACCGCCUCAGCCAUUACCCGACCCCAGACUGGCCCUGCUAUACAGAGUCCGGCGCCUUGGCCGCAAGUAAGAGCGAUCUCUCACUUGGUACCUUUGGCGUAGAGGCUUUGCAAGGCCUGAUGGACGAUAUGGGUGACGGCAACGAGCCUGUUGGCCACCGACGCUGGCUCUUGUACCCGCCCUUGUCCGAGAUUGGCGUCGGAGAUGUUGCACCCGCGGGUGGUCAUCGGGCUGCCAGCGUCGUGUGGGUGGUAAAUGGCGAUUGGACACGCGCUCAGAACGAACCAGCCUGGAUCGCCUGGCCCUCGGCCGGCUUCUUUCCCAUGCAGCUCGUGCCCUCGAGCCAUCGCUGGUCACUAUCCAUGCCAAAUGCCAAUUUUUCUUUGGCCACAGUUACCGUGCUGGAUGUCACUCGCAGACGGGUUCCGACUCCCGUGGUCUCUCGUGCUCGUGGGUUUGGUGACCCAGCCAUCGUCUUCAGCGUCAUGCUCACGGGCGUCGAGCGUUUUAUGGAAGAUAACACUUGGAGCGUCUUCGUGAACAACAUUCUUCUUCCAGAUACCAUUGCUCAAGUCAGCUAUAGCGUCACGAUCUUUGACGCUGCGCCUGACCCUGGUCCGUUCUGCGCCGUGGUGGAACUGAGCGGGCUCGAUGGCUACGAAACCUAUGCAAACGGCCUCUACACGCAAGAAGGCACCGUGUCGGGCCUACCAUACUACGUGCGAUACACAAGCUUUGGAGUACUCUAUUUGGCUCGCAACAAUUGGUUUUGGUUUAUUGGGGCUUCGGCCACUGCCGAUGCAUACCCCAAAACCAGCUUGCCAACGACAACGGCUACCACCGACAAGUCCAUCAGCGAAGAACAGCCUACAAAUGAAGCUGAAGAGACCGAAAUACCCACACUCGAAAGGACAUCCACUCGCGCAGCUGUUACUACCGUGCUCCUACACGAGACCACGACUACGACUCUUACAACUACUUCGACUGCCAGUCCUACUUCCACUGUCACAACUACUGCCCCUGUUUUGACCCCUGCCACCACUACGGCCACUACAACCACAAACGCAACCGAUGCCAACACUACCUCUACUACUACUACUACUACUACCACCACUACUACUAUUACUACAACCACUACUACGGUCACCACCACCAUCACCACAACAACAACAACAGCAACGACGACAACGACGACGACGACGAUCACUACGACUAGUGCCACUACAACCACUCCCGCAACAACUACCACCACCACAACAACAACAACAACAACAACAACUAUCUCAGCUGCGACCAAAACUGUAACAUCCACAGCAACCAACGCAGUGUUGUCUUGCGACAGCGCAGCCUAUCCUGGCUUUGAGCUGGUGGCAUGUGGUGUGCAAAGCAACAAAGCCCGACGCCUUCGCUCCGGCUUUGACGACAACUUCAUCCUGGACAAGGUCCAUGUGCGUUCGACCGAGGACUGCCUUGGCUUGUGCUCAACCAGGAAUGCGUGCCGCGGGAUCUUCCUUUGGCUGGCCAACAGUGAUGCCAAUACGCGACGCUGUCAUCUUCUCUCUUCAGCCAAAGAGGACACCGUCAGCACAGGCUCCUUGUCGAUCAGCCUGAUUCGCCAGCGCACGGGCACCUCCACCCCCAGCGCCUCGACAGCGCCCCCAUCGACAUCCAAUCCUCAUCCUCUGGAGCUGGAUUGUCACACAUGGUCUCACCCUGGCUUUUCAGAAGCAGCAUGUGGCGCACAGCAAGUCCUUGCAAAGCCCCAGCGUCUUGUCAGUGGCUUUACCGAUACCAAACUCGUUUCCAAAUUGCGCGUGUCGAGUCCUCGUGCAUGCCAGGAUGCCUGCACGCUGCUCGAGGAUUGCGGAAGCGCAUUUGUAUGGCGGGCUGGUAAUGCCGAGGACCUGCGCUGCCACUUGAUCCAGGCGUCUGCGGCAACGCAGUUGGUAGGCACGAGCUCCACCUCACUCAGUUUUGUCAAAACUGUGGGCCGACUGCCACAGCUGGGCACUGUGGCCCUCGCCUGGCUAUUGCCAACGAGCCCGAUGCGCCUAGUGGCCUUGGGUGACCUCGACGAGGCGGUUAACAACGCUAGUGCGGCUGCACUGACUGACCUACCCCGCUCGAUGCGCUUUCGCGGUGUAUUUGGGGACGCCACAGCAGAGCUACGCGAGUCGCGCACAGACUCCAUUGAUGCUUGCUUGAUUGCAUGCUUCGUGGACAGCACAUGCAGUGCGGCCUUUGUGUGGCAAAUUGGUGUGGCAACACCCUACCGAUGUACUCUUCUGAUCAACGCCACCCCAUCCCAAUUGCAGCUCGUGGCCUCCACCACGACUUCGGCCAGCUUUCGCCGCGCUGCGUAG